ACAUUCGACUCUCCGUUUACAAUAACAAGUAAACAACUCUCUCUCUCUGUCUCUGUCCGCGCGUGUGGCUUUGGGAGUUUGUAGAAUUUGAAGUUUGAAUUCCGCUUUCAGAAUCGCUUUUGCUUUCUUUCUAAUUCAUUUGCCGCUCUUCUCUCACUUUCUUCCGCAGAUUAUGUAAAAUAUAAACAAUAAUUAUAUUUUAGACUCUUCUUCAAAAUAUUAUUAUAGCGAUCAGUUGCCCACCCCUGUCUGUGCCUCUCCUGUUUUGUCUCAUCUGUGUUGUGUUUGUGUGUAUACCUUCUGUUUCAUUCUGGUCUGCUUGUGUACACACUUACUUUCUUCCAUUGUUGCUCUCAACCCACAUAUCUUGGAAUUUCAGGGAUGUUGGCAUGGAUUUUGCAACCUUAAGCAGAUCAUUCUGAUCGGCAGUGAAAUUACUUGGAAAACAUCAGAGAAGGGGGUGAUUGAAAUUACUUUUUUUUUUUAACAUCAGACAAUGGAAAAUUAUGAAGUACUAGAGCAGAUUGGCAAAGGUUCCUUUGCUUCUGCUCUACUCGUGAGGCAUAGACAUGAAAAGAAGAAGUAUGUCCUCAAGAAAAUCCGCCUUGCUCGCCAGACUGAGAGGACCCGCAGAUCUGCCCGCCUGGAGAUGGAGCUUAUUUCUAAGGUGCAAAAUCCAUAUAUUGUGGAGUACAAAGAUUCCUGGGUAGAAAAGGAUUGCUAUGUGUGCAUCAUUAUAGGGUAUUGUGAAGGAGGGGACAUGGCCGAAGCUAUUAAAAGAGCAAAUUGUGUUCAUUUUCCUGAAGAGAAGCUUUGUAAGUGGCUAGUCCAACUCCUGAUGGCGCUUGAUUACCUGCACACAAACCAUAUUCUUCAUCGUGAUGUUAAGUGUUCAAAUAUAUUUCUGACAAAAGAGCAAGACAUACGUCUAGGUGAUUUUGGUCUUGCUAAACUGUUGACUUCUGAUGAUCUUGCUUCAUCGGUGGUGGGUACUCCUAGUUACAUGUGCCCUGAACUUCUUGCUGAUAUACCUUAUGGUUACAAGUCGGAUAUCUGGUCUUUAGGAUGCUGUAUAUAUGAAAUGACUGCUCACAGGCCAGCCUUCAAAGCUUUCGAUAUUCAAGCUUUGAUCAACAAAAUAAACAAGUCCAUAGUUGCUCCACUUCCGACAAUGUAUUCUGGUGCAUAUCGAGGGCUUGUUAAGACUAUGCUGCGGAAAAAUCCAGAACUUAGACCCAGUGCAGCAGAUUUGCUCAGGCACCCACAUCUUCAGCCCUACGUCCUCAACAUCCAUCUCAACUUCAACAGCCCUAGACGGCAUACUUUCCCAAUCCAAUGGCGUGAUUCCAACUAUGUAAAGAAAACUAGAUUUCUCGAGUCUGAGGCUGUUACCGUGUUUACUGAGCGAGAGAAAACAAGAUCAUUUAGCAAUGACAGGUUCCUGAACCCUAGCACAUCUGAAACUGAACAGGACUCGCUGUGUUCUCCCCAAAGAGCACAUGAUUUUCAAAGCUCUUUGAAUAAGAGGUUCUCUGAGUUGUCUGUUGGCAGCGUCAGUGAAGAUAUAGGUUUUGAGAAGUUAGUGUCCACAAAACUGUCAAAUGUUGCCAAAGCUUCAAGAUUGACUCCAUCAAAAUCUUCUUCUACUCCAAGGAGGCAGACAGCUUCAUCAAAGAUAUCCAACGUUGGUGCAACUCGAGAUUUGCUUUCAGUCUCGCGUACUCCAGCUAGCAAAACUUUCCGAUCAACACGCAGAGCAUCUCUUCCAUUGUCAAAGGAAGUUGUGACACUGGAAUCACCUUAUAGAUCCAGUGUCGGUCUCCUCUGCAGGGUUGAGUCUCCAGAUGUUUCUGUCAAUGCUCCACAAAUUGAUAAAAUAACCGAAUUCCCCAUACCCUCUUCUGAAGAUCGCCUCUUGCCCAUCCGUCGAACAUCAUCAACAUCUGUGCAAUGCUCUUCCAGUUCAACAAACAGUGCGGACCGCUCAAUCACAAAAGACAAGUGUACAGUUCAAGUUCUGGACAGAACUACUGCCAGACCGCGUGUUGCUGAUGCUGAUAAGAAAGUUGGACCGAAUGAAAGUGAAUGCUCAGAGCAGAAUGCAACCAUUGGCAUUUCAAGCCGUUUGUCAUCAGAUUCUCGGCAGCGUAGGUUCGACACUUCAUCGUACCAACAACGUGCGGAGGCAUUAGAAGGGUUGCUUGAGUUCAGUGCUCAACUCAUGCAGCAAGAACGGCUUGAAGAGCUCGCAGUGUUAUUGAAGCCGUUUGGGCCUGGGAAGGUGUCUCCCAGGGAAACUGCUAUUUGGCUGACAAAGAGCUUCAAGGAGACUGUUGUCAAGCCUGAAGCUUAGUAUCAUGUGAUUUUUCCCACUUUUAAACUACCACUAGUGUUGAUGGUACUGUGCUGCAUUGCUUGGAGAUUAGCUUCACUGACAUGUUGAGUGGAAUUGUCCUGUCAUUGGAGGGGUCAGAUGCUAAUUUUAGCAAUCUUGUCUCACUAAUAUCUCGUAAGUGGAGUAUCAAAUGUAAGCAUGCAUGCUUACUUCUAGUUAACACAACUUGUGUGUUUUAAACCUGCGAUGUCUUGGUCAUAAUGACAUAACUUUUUGAAACAAUUUGCAUAAGUAGCAUCAUACACUAAAUUGGCUAUAAUAUUUGUUUUUUUCUUCUUGCUUAGCAUUCAUUCACUAUUAAUGAGUUUGGGG